AUGGAGAGGUUGCUGACAAUCAGUAUAACUCUUUUCCUCAUGCUCUGGCUUGGCAUACCGGAGGCUGGGGGACAUAAGGAGGAAGCCCAUGGGCGCAACCCUCAGAAAAGCUCAUCUCACUCGUCAGAGGGAAAAGAGGGUCGCUGCUCGUACACUUUCAUUGUUCCACAGCAAAAACUGAAGGGGGCGCUGUGUGUGAGUACAGCGUCAGCUGCUGCCAACCAAACCGAGGUGGCGGCCUUGCGGGCCGAGCUUAGCCGGCAGCAGGAACAGCUGGAGAAGCUGCAGGGGCUGCUGGAGCAGGAAGGUGCCCUUGCCAUGGAGGUGAGGGCCCUACGCAAAGAGAGUAACAGCAUGAAUGGUCGCAUCGCCCAGCUCUAUAACCAGCUACUGCAUGAGGUCAUCAGCAAAAAGGACCAGGCUUUGGAGCAACAGAGAGUCGAGAACCUCCUCCUAAACGCAACCACACAGGCACUGCAGGUGUCCAGUAAUUACAGAGCGCUGGAGAAGAAGUACGGAGCCCUCACCUCUAUGAUGACCUCCCAGAACCAGUUUAUUGCCCGUCUGGAGAAGCAAUGCCAGUGCAAGAACACCACCCCUUCAUUACUGGUGACUACUGAACCACCAAAAGGCCAGUCUAAUGUGCAUCGUAAUUACAGCUCUGAGGCCAACGAAAUGACCAACGAUGUUCAAAGGGACCAGAGUGCAUCUCCUCCACGGCAGGAAAAACAAAUGGAAGUCAGUGCUCAACCCUCCGUCACAGCCAGCACUCCGACUGACCUUCCUUUCAUUAGCUUUCCUGUCACAAAGACCCCAGGGCCCUGGCGCGACUGCAAGCACGUGCUGGAUUCGGGCGAGACCACCAGCGGGAUCUAUCUGCUCCGCCCACAGAGCGCCAACCGACUCCUCCAGGCCUGGUGUGAGCAGAGCCGGGCCCAGGGAGGCUGGACUGUCAUCCAGAGGAGACAAGACGGGUCCGUCAACUUCUUCAGGACCUGGGAACAGUACAAGCAAGGCUUCGGGAACCUGGACGGAGAAUACUGGCUUGGCCUGGAGCAUCUCUACUGGCUGACCAAACAGGCCCCCUACAAGCUGCGCGUGGCUCUGGAGGACUGGCAUGGCCGGCAGGUGUUUGCUGAGUACGACAGCUUCCAGCUAGAACCAGAGAGCGACUGGUACCGUCUACGGCUGGGGGAAUACCACGGUAAUGCUGGGGACUCCCUUUCCUGGCACAACAACAAGGCCUUCACCACCUUGGAUCGAGAUAAGGAUGGCUACUCAGGUAACUGCGCUCAUUACCAGAAGGGAGGCUGGUGGUACCACAUGUGCGCCCACUCCAACCUAAAUGGCGUGUGGUACCGAGGAGGCCAUUACCGCAGUCGCUACCAGGAUGGGGUCUACUGGGCGGAGUUUCAUGGAGGCUCUUACUCUCUGAAGAGAGUCUCUAUGAUGAUCAGACCGGAAUAG